UGCACAUCCUUGAAAUUGAUCUGAGUCUUGACUGCAGGGUGGUUGCCUGUUUUUGUCUAGUGUAUUUGAUCACACCGAUCACGCUCAAUGUUCGUUUAUCACUAAAGCCGUUGCCGAUACGAAUACGUGAUGGAUCUAGUAAGUACGUAGUUUUCCAUACUGAAUACUAGCAUCUAUCCUUGUCUCACAUUCGGAAGUAUUUUGUAUUUCUAUUUUUGACAAUUAUACACGUAGCGUGCGAAACUGAAAUGAAUAUGACAAAGAGCUGUAGGAGCUUUUAGUUUUACUGUGGAGUGACAGCGACUCUUGCAUGUCGUACGAUGAUGCAAACUGAGUGCAAGACCUUGUUGAAAAGCCAAUGAUGUGAGACUGCGAAAAAACAACGUUCGUCAGGAGUCUUUCGAUAAUUGCUACGCCUACGCAGCUUUGCAGAACUUUGCUGCCUUGGGUUGGUUGAAUUAAGGCCAUUCUUUUUACAUGUUGCUCUGCGGAUCUACUACUUUUGUCGCAUAUCAUGUGGCAAACGACCUGUGAAAAAACGCGCAAAUAAGGGCGACCGAAAAGCAGGAAAAUAACUACUCGAGUCCGCAUUGAUAUGCAGAGCAACCUAUUCACACAUAGAGAGAGACUAGGUCUAAUUAUAUAUUAGAAAUCAAACCGCAGAUGAUAGCCGAGAGCGGAGGACCCGGUACCCUCUACAAAGUUCGUGUUUAUGCGCAUGGGUUGUGGAGAGAUGAUGUCAUUGUUGAUGACCGGGUCCCGGUUCCACCUCAGCUGGCGGCUGACAAAUCCGAGUGCAAGUGUGUGCACCGCGGAGAAUAUCAGUCGUUGACGAUUCUGCUACUGAUCAAAGCUCUCGCGAAGGUCGUUGGCGAGUAUUCGAUGACGGCAUUUGUCGGCUGGUCAAAGAAAGCUGUCUAUUGGGGGUGGAAUCCAAUGCAAUCGCAAGCGAGCCGUCCAAAGGCUUGUUUCUUAUCAGAGACACGUCGGGAAACAUGAAUCCUGUUCCGGGCCUAUCUGGUCCUCGCAGGUGAACCAUCAUCCAACUUCUGCAUCUCACGGUGAAGCAGUCGGGCAUAAGAGCGAGCCAGAAGAGCAGCAUUUGGAGUGUAGGCGUUUCACAGGUGCGAAUGGACUGCGGUGACCACCUCCCUAACUCUAAGUUGCCGGAAGCGCCGCAGGAAGUAAAAAUCGAUGACGUCAAAGUCGAACGACAACAAAAACAGCAGCACCAAAAUGGAGAGCAAGCACAAUCAAGCGCGACGUCACGCAAAGGUCAAGAAGCUUUUAUUUGAUAUACAGACUGUCGAGUUGACUUCGCAGAUGGUGGGACGUUGUCUCGAGGCUCGAGCCCUAUGACCGGGCAGCAAAUGAGGAAGAUCAACGCAACAACUACUUCUGGAUGCCCUGGUGAGCGUUACUAGAAAACGGAGGAGAAAAGAGAACGAAAAUCGUAUCACAUGUGCGGAGCAUUAGACUUCCCUCAUUCGAUCGCGUCAGAAACACACGGCGUCUCCAGCCGUUCCCAUUAGACAACCACUUUGAGGAGCUCUCCCUUAUCUCAUGAUAAACAUUGAUUCUAUCUUGUUCUGGUGCCAAGACCAUACUUGAAGCAAAACAGUACAGCCAACAUUUGAAAAAGCCAUCUUCCAAAAGACAAAAACAGGACUUUUCUCGCCGCGUCAAGCCAUUCUCGACGGUCAAAAGAAUCCGCA